GUUAGCAAAAAUGAGCUGUAUAAAAAAAAAUGAUGGCCCACAUGCCGCGAAAAAUGAAAGCUUCUGACGAGACCGCGAACCCACGAGCGGCGGACGAACGGACGUGACUGCUGAAGGCGACCCAGCGGCGAUCGUGAUCAGACUUGACGGCGGCGACCUCGAACGGACGUGCAACUACCGUUAGAUCACAAAGCUUUCGACGAACACCAGCGAAUCCCCCCAAGCUUCUGACGAACACCACGGUGACGAUUGUGGGCCACGAGAGGUUGUAAAGUCAACAGGACAAUAGGACCCAAUGGAUACUGAUGCUGUAUCGGAAGCAAGCACAUCAGUUAUUUGUGAUAACACUAGUGGUCUGGGGGCAGAUGAAAAUGACAGUAUUUCACGGGCUAGUGGAGAUUUAGCAAAUGGCAGUGAAGUAAUAACCAGGUUGGAAUUGGAUUUAGCACGUGCAUCAGAAAAGUUAGUUAACUUAAAUGUUCUCAUGAUGCGUAUUGCUACACGGGAGAGCGAGUUUGAAGCUUUUGUUUUAGAGAAUGAUCAUAUGUUUGAUGAUUCUGUUGAAAAAGCAUCGGAAAUUGAUCUCCUAGCUGGAUUUUUAGAUUCAGAGGUGGACGGGGUGGAUGGUUUCUUGGCUAGAAUUCAAAAUGAUAUUUUUCAUGCUCAUGAAUUGAUACCUUUCUGCAAAUUCUCAAAAGAAACUUGCAUGUAUCUGCAAGAAAAGUUGCAAGAUUCUAAAGAAUCCUUAAAACAAUCACAUGAACUGAUUUCUGAGAUUAGAAUGCAGUCGGCAAAGUUACAGAAGAACCUGCGUUGUUAUUAUAAUGGAAAUGGUGAUAGGGGCACAGACUUGCAAGAUACUAAUCAAUUGUUGGAGAGGAAUUCUGUAAUAGACAUGCGAACAGCUGAACAUCAGAUACACAUUCUGAGGAUGCUGGAGAAAUCUUUGGCAAGAGAGAUGGAUCUUGAAAAGAAGCUGACUGAAACAAGUCAAAUGGAUGAUGAACUGAAACUGAGGCUGCAUUCUUCACAACAAGAUGUUUAUUCUUUGGAGGAAGAAUUAGAAGAUGUUUGUGGGAGGUGUUUUGAGGCAGAAAAUGCAUCAGAGGUCCUCAUAGGAAUUUCAAAAGAAUUACUUGGUCGACUUCAACUUUUACAAUUCCAUGUAAAUGGUUCAAUGCAGAGAGAGGCUGAGUUGAAAUUAAAAUUUGAAGGCUCCAUGGAACAACUGAAAGCUAAAGAUUGUGAAUUGCUUAAUUUCAAGAACAACAAUGCUGAGCUGAAGACCACUUUACAUUUGCAAAUUGAUGGCUUGAAAUCCAAAUUGAGGGAAACUGAAGAAAAACUGAUUGUUACCAAGUUUGAGACUGUGACUUUGAAGGAGAAGGUGAGUUCUCUUGAGAAACAGCUUAAGGAAUCCGAGGAAAAAAAUGAAGCCCUUAGAAGACAGUUAAGGGAAUCAGACAUGCAACUUCAGCAGGCUGUGGCUUCUGCUGAAGCUAGUCAGGAGAAGCAAAACAUGCUAUAUGUUACAAUCAACGACAUGGAAAAUUUAAUCAGGGAUCUGAAGUUGAAGGUUGCGAAAGCAGACGGUAGAGCUGAUCGUGCAGAGGAGAACUGCAUCCUAUUAUCUGAAUCUUAUGCGGAACUUAAUGAGGAAUUGAGGCUUGUCCGUGGAAAACUUGGCUGUUUGGAGACAUCCUUACAACAGGCAGAGUAUAGAAAGAAGGCUUCAGCAAAUGACAUUGAUGUCCGCACUAAAGUUAUAACCAAUUUGGUUAUGCAAUUGGCUAUUGAGAGAGAUCGUCUUCAUAAGCAGCUUUCUUUAUUGGCAAUGGAAAACAAAAUAUUGGCAGCAAAGUUACAGCAAGCAAAUCAGGAUUCUGUCGUUAAUGAUCAAAGUAACACUGUUGAAACUAAAGAAAUUGCAUCCAAGCAAGAUUUUAGUACUGCUACGGCUACUAGCUGUCCAAGUGAAAUCGAGGUAGAUGAGACAAAGUUGUCUGCUGCCGGCUCUAAGGAUCUGAACUCGGGGAUGACGAUUGGCACUGCCCGACAUGACAGGGGACUCUAUUUCCUCACCGAAGAAGCCUCCUUUAGGAUAUGUGAUAGGGCUAGACCUGAACUCGGGGACAACGAUUGGCACUGCCCGACACGAUGGGGGGUUCUAUUUCCUCAUUAAAGAUGCUUCUUCUAGGAUAUGUGAUGGGACUAGUUUACUUUCUUCUUGUUUUUCUACCUCUGAAACUGAUUAUAUGUUGUGGCACUAUCGUCUUGGACAUCCUAGUUUUCAUUAUAUGAAAUAUUUGUUUCCUCAUCUGUUUCGCAAUAUUAAUCUGUCUAAUUUAAAUUGUGAUGUGUGUGUCCAAACUAAACAACCAUGUGUAGCUAAAGCCUCAGCCUUAUAAGCCUUCCAAACCAUUCACCCUCUUCCAUAGCGAUGUGUGCGGUUCGUCACCCGUUACUAUUGCCACAGGCAAACGGUAUUUUGUAACCUUCAUUGAUGACCACACUAGAUUCACUUGGGUCUUCUUUCUUAUCGACGAAUCUGAAGUCGCAUCUGUUUUCAAACAGUUCUACAGUUCUAUAGAAACCCAGCUUAAUGCAAAGAUCGCUAUCCUUCGUAGUGACAAUGGUCGGAAAUUUUUUAAUAACUCCCUCGGGGAAUUCCUAUUCUCUAAAGGCAUUGUCCAUCAAAGUUCGUGUGCGUAUACUCCUCAACAAAAUGAGGUAGCCAAGCAGAAAAAUCGUCAUUUGAUCGAAGUUGCUCGGUCUCUUAUGUUGUCAACUUCUCUUCCGUCCUUUUUAUGGGGAGAUGCGGUUCUAACAACUUCUCAUUUGAUAAACCGAAUGCUUUCCCGGGCCUUAAAAUUCCAAACCCCCUUAGACUGUUUCAGAGAGUCUUAUCCUGAUAACCGACUCAUUUCUGAUGUUUCGCUUCGGGUGUUUGGAUGCGUUGUGUUUGUUCAUACUCAUGGCCCUAAUCAAACCAAAUUUACCCCCAGGCCCAAAAGUGUCUUCGUGGGAUACCCACUACAUCAAUGUGGGUACAAAUGUUACCAUCCUUCUUCCCGAAAGUAUUUUGUCUCCAUGGAUGUGACCUUCGAAGAUCAUCCCUUCUUUUCCCUUAGUCCUCUUCAGGGGAGAGUACGAGUAAAGAGACUAGUUGGGGUCUGAGUAUGUCAGUCUUACCUGAAUCGAUUCCUAACAUAAGUGUCAAUGAACCCAUUCUGCCCAUCGAACAAGUCCCAUGGAUCACGUACUAUAGGAGGAAUCUCAGAAAGGAAAUAGCGCUGCCUGUUACUUCCUGGCUCUAGAACAGGUGUCAGUUUCAGGUACAAGUACUCCUAUACCUGAUAAUGGUAACGUUUAUGCUGGCAAUGAUGCUUGUGUUGAAAGUGACGUAAGUAAAGACAAGAAAGACAGUGACAGUACUAAGGACUGUACCGAGAGUGUAAUUGAUACAAGUGGUGGUAAUUGUGAAGAACUAGUCCCAACAGAGAAUGUUAUUGACAUUGGAGGAGAUCCCUUAGAAGAUAAGACACAGGAACAGAAAGCCGAAGUCAGUAGGGAGCCAGAAGAGAAGAAAGAUCAUGAUGCCUCUCUUGAUCUUCCUAUUGCCUUAAGGAAGGGUACAAGAUCAUGCACGAAGUAUCCUCUGCAGAGUUACUUGUCUUAUAGCAACUUGUCUCUCGUAUUUAAAGCCCUCACUACAAACCUAGACACACUUACAAUACCGAGCAGUAUAUAUGCAGCAAUGGAGAUUCCCGAAUGGAGAGCUGUAGUCAUGGAAGAGAUGGGGGCACUUGAGAAAAAUAACACGUGGGACCAGGUCAUUCUUCCUAAGGGACACAAAGCAGUUGGGUGCAAGUGAGUGUUUAUCGUUGAAUAUAAACCUGAUGGAACAAUUGACAGAUACAAGGCCUGGUUAGUUGCAAGGGGCUUCACUCAGACCUUCGGAAUAGAUUAUUCCGAGACUUUUUCCCCAGUAGCUUAUGAAGCACAGACACAGAUAUGGCUACACGAUACGGAUACGACGAU